AUGACGUGGACAUCAGAAGCCGACCGCCAGCUUCUACUCCUCGGUCUAGGCAGAGACAUCGUCCCUUCUGAGUAUGCUGCAAUUGCUGCGAUGUUCGGGCCAGGCGCAACUGCGAGAGCUGUGCAGGAGAGGCUGUGCAAGCUGAAGCGCCAGCAGGCGGCGAUGCUUGAGGCGAUGGCGCUUAUGGCGAGGUCUUCUGCCGGCAACGUCCCACCAAGAAAAGCUGCAGAGGAGACCGACGGGGUGGAGGAUGGGUGGGAGAUGGUGCUUCCGGUGCGAGAGCGCUAA